AUGAGGGCGCAGUAUUAUCGAUCGGUGGAGGAUGACGUGGAGCAACGACGCGUGAGCACUCUCGGGGAAAAUGAUGAUGACGAUGAAAGAGCUGAUGAUGCCGCGGGGAAAGGAUUUGGAUCUUCGCCUUUUUCUCGCGUCUCCGCGUUUGCGCUCGGUGCGGUGGCGUUGUUAGGUUUUGGCACGAUUGCGAGUAGUAGGAGUAGUAAUAGUUAUAAUAGCGCGAGAGGAAGCGUGUCGUUUCGAUUGGGAUCUCGGCAUCACUCUUCUUCUUCUUCGUCGUCGUCGUCUUCUUCUGCGAACAGUCGUUUAGGCGAUGGCCCGGACGGAGCUCCAAUUUGUAGUCAAGACUUGCGGAUGAUUGAAGACAAGAUGAGCGACGGCGCGAACGCGAACGAUCCGAUCAAACUCGCCAUUCAGAACGAUAUUCCGAACCUAUCGGUGUUUCCAUCGAUUGACCCGAACUGGGCGCAUCAUAAGAGUUCGUGGUACCACACGCCGGCGUUUAGCGGGAGCAGCGGUGACGACGGGUUCGUCAUGUGUUUACCCGGGGAGUGGGACGAUUCGUACACGUAUAACUUUGAUUCUAUGUUUCAAGAAGGCAUGUGCAUCAAAGAAGUGAGAACGGAUGUUCAAAAUGGCGAUUUUACCGGGUGCGACGUCAGGGUGUUCAGCCAAUUCGCGUAUAUUUUCAAGAAUGAUUUCAAGCAAGGGAACAUCACGUCGAGAGCGGAGGACAACGUUUUUCAUCCGCCACCGAAACUGAGUUCAGAUGUGGUCGAUUUCUAUUACGCGCACGAAUCGCCGGACCAUUACGGUUACGAGUUGAGAGGUGAAUCGGAGUACUCGCAGAAAUCGUUGGCGAAUAUGCAGUAUUUGGCGUGGUUCAACGGCGAUCCGGAUUCAAACUUGCGAUCGAGCGUCUGGUACCCGUUCGGGCCAUCUGUUGGGUCUUUGAUGAGAGACUUUAAGUAUUUUACGAAAGCAAAGGAAGAGAGAAUCCCAGUCGUCGCGUGGAUGUCCAAAGAUUGCGUCCAGCGCGAUCGCAUCAACUUGUUGGUGGCGUUGUCGAAGCAUUUUCCGGUGUUUAGCAUGGGGAGGUGCGAGCAAAAUAUCGCACCACCGCCGGACGAUGUGGGACGUUUAGGUGACUUCGAACAGCAGCAGGAAAUGAAAUCGAACUAUAUGUUUUACUUCGCGUUGGAAAACGGCGUCCAGUGUCCGCACUACAUGACUGAGAAAAUAUUUGACGCGCUGACGAGAGGUUCGAUUCCGAUUUACAUCGGUUGGGACGGGUUCGACGAUUACAUCCCGUCCAAAGAUGCCGUGAUUGAUUUGAGAGAUUACGCCAGCAUCGACCAGUUAGCGGCGAAAUUAGCUCAAAUUGCCACAAGCGAGAGCGAAUACAAUAAAUUCCACGCGUGGAGACGCAAGUCGCCGUCGGAGUGGCCGCUGAAGUUUCGCAACUUGGUUCGCCAAGUCAGCUCGGAUUUGAAAUUCGGCAUUUGCUCAACUUUGAAAGAAGGACCGUCGAAACAUCCACCGGUAGAGCCGUUCGGCCGAGCGCCGACGGACAAAUGCGACCACGGCGUGAACAUCAUGGGAACUCCAGCCAAUCAGUACCCGGGGAGACCGGCGGAAUGGUGGGAAGUUUUAGGCUGGAAAGCGGAUACGGCGGGAGAGGUUCCCAAAGUCGAAGUCGCGGACCCGAAACAAUUCUUGACGCAAAAGUGCGAUAAAGUGCAUCACCCAGAGUGCUGGGAUUUGAACAUGCCCGGUUUAGUGUCAUACGCUGAGGUGUUGUACGCGUCCGAAGCGGACGAUAGCGAGGAGGACGCGGAGGAGUCCGGAGUAGAAAACGAAGAGGAAGAUGAACAAGAGGUUGAAAAAGCGCACGAGUCGUUCGUCGAAGUCAUGGAAGACGUCGUGGACGAAGUCGAAGAUGCCUUCGACGGCGACGAUGAAGACGACGACGCCUUAUCCGACGACAGCAGAACAUCUAGCAACGAGAGAAGUCACUCUUCCCACCACCACCACAGAGACGACGACGACGAGGACGAAGAAGAAGAAGAAGACGAAGACGAGGACGAGGACGAAAGCGGAAGCAGAAGCGACCUUCAAGCCAAAGGCAAAGAAGUCAUCGGAAUGCUCGAAAACCCAGCGACGACGCCGUCCGACCUCCUCCUCCUCCGAAAAGAACUCGAAUUGUUAGAAAAAGAAAACGCGCUCCUGACGGUGAAAGAGAAAGCCGCUCGAUUGGGCGUCGAAGUAUAA